GGGGCAGGUGCUGAUGGGCUCAGUUUACCUUGGCGACCGUUGCUUAGGAGCCUGCCCCAGGUCGCCGGGCAACGGUUGCCAAGGAAGAUUGUUGCCCUGGCCCAGCCAGGCCUCCCGUGAGCCAGGAGGCGGCUGCAGGCCAGCAUGGCGUCCACUUCGGUGCUGGUCAACCGGGAGGAGACGGGAGGGGUGGCCACGGGCACCUACUCGUACUGCAGCCAGCCCCGGGCAUUGCCCAACCGCCAGCGGUACCGGACGACCCUGGAGGCCAAUGAGCUGGAGGAGGAGCCCGUUCGCUAUGCCAAUCUCAUGUACGAGCGGAGAGUGGUCCGUGGCAACACGUAUGCCCUCCAUGUGUUACCUUGGAGCAGUGAGCCCGACCCGCUGGAGCUGCAGCGGCAGCGUGAAGCCCAUCGGAAGAUGCUGGCGAGGCAGAGGGCGAAGGAGCAGCUGCGGACCAGGACUCCAGAACCCCUGGAGGGAAGACGCCACGUGGACGUGCAGACAGAAUUGUACCUGGAGGAGCUGGCGGACCGUGUCAUCGAGGUGGACGUGGAAUGUCAGACGGAUGCCUUUCUGGACCGCCCGGCCACCCCACUCUUCAUCCCUGCGAAGACUGGCAGAGACGUGGCCACCCAGAUAUGGGAAGGAGAGCUUUUCAAUUUUGAUAUCGAAGUCAAGCCCAUGCUUGAGGUUUUGGUGGGCAAAACGAUUGAGCAGGCUUUGCUGGAGGUGAUGGAAGAAGAGGAACUGGCCAAUCUGCGGGCGCACCAGUACGCCUUCCUUGAAAUGCGGGCGGCGGAACUCGCUGAGGUCCAGCGCCUUGAAGAGCAGGAGAGGAGACACCGAGAAGAAAAGGAACGCCGUAAAAAGCAGCAGAUGGAAAUCCUGCAGAAGGAGAAAGAAACGGCAGAGAAGAUCGCCGCUCGCACCUUCGCCCAGCGCUAUCUUUCAGAUCUCAUCCCGUCCGUCUUCGGCAGCCUUCGGGACAGUGGAUACUUCUACGAUCCGGUGGAAAGAGACAUCGAGACGGGCUUCAUCCCAUGGAUAAUGGGCAAGAUGGAGAGGCUGCUGGAGAGAAGGUCCCUUGGACGAAUCAUUGCUGACAGUUUAAUUCAACACGUGGUGCAAAUGAGGCUGCAGGCCUUCGAAGAGGGCGCUUGGCCUGAACCGCCCGAAGCUCCCCAGCUGACUGACCUGGAAGUGGAGGAGCUGGAGGCCGCUGCCUCCCUGCUGAUCGAGCCCUCGGGCCCGCUGGGGGCUCCUGACCAGCCCGAAGACACAGGCCAGGCCGAGCCUGCGGUGAGCCAGGCGGACGGUCCUGGUGAAGCCAAAACCUCAGAACCGCUGCAAGCGCCAAGCCAGCCAGAAGACGAUCAAGGCCAAGCUGAGCAGCCAGACGGCGCUCUGGGGUCCGAGCCCCAGUGAAUCUGGAAAUGGCGAAAGAAAACCCCGGCUAAACAGGCCUUUGCAAACUGGCAGAUUAUUGAAUCUAUUUUACUAUGGUGGGCAAAGUAAUAAAUGGGAAGCUAUAGGGGUUUCUCCCCGCCCCCAAAUAUCCAUAUGCUUAUUAGCCCCAGCAAAAUGAAGCCUGUCUCAGCUUCCUUUCAAUGGUUCUCUUUUAACUCUACAUGUGUCUUUAUUGCAGAAAAUGCUUCCUCCUCAAUUUAAAACGUUUGUGGACCUAGGCCAGGGGUAGGCAACCUUGGCUCUUUUAUGACUCGUGGACUUCAAC